AUGAAUCCCUCUUGGAAAAUCCCCCAUUCAAAUGAUCUAACAGAGGAUAACGCAUUCGAUCAGGGUGCCUAUGCCAAAAUGAUGGGAAAGAUUGGUUGGCUCUCAAUCAAAAUGCGCCCGGAUAUUGCAGCGACCGUGUCCAAACUACAGCGCCGCAACGCACACCCGAGAAAAGAUGAUAUGGUGGCGUACAAAGUUUUGUUGCAAUACCUUGCAGGCACCACAAAUUUAGGAAUCCCAUUUGGAAAAGAACCCUCAAAGGGUCUGGAAGGAUUUGUCGACUCAUCGUACGCUGAUGCAGAGGAUGGAAAAUCUACCGAAGCAUACAUUUGGUUCUUUGCUGGUGCCCUAAUCUCAUGGAGCUCAAAAAGACAAGACAUCGUGGCAGCCUCAUCGACUAUGGCCGAAUACUGUGCCCUUGCGACCGCAGCGAAAGAGGGACUUUACCUUGCCAAAAUUGCUGCUGACCUUUUACUUAUGCCCCCAUUGAACCAAGAUGAAGAAUUCGACAAAAAUAUCCCAAUCACCCUAUUUUGUGAUUCCGACAAUGCCAUCACGACCGUCAUGAACCCCAAAGUCAGCCCAAAAUUAUCCUGGAUCAGCACGAGAUACCAUUUGAUCAGAGACCUCAUUAAAAAGAACCUCAUCCAACUGACCAGUAUCCCGAGCAAGGACAAUGCCGCUGACAUGCUUACCAAAACCAAGUCCAAUGGGAUUUUUCAAAAUGAUCGUACCAGAUUAUUGCACAUGAGAGAUCCUAACUAA